CGUGUCACAUUUGCUUCGUUGCAGCCUGCAAUGUCAUCUCACACUCACCAGAAGGCACUUUCACCAUGGUCAGCCCACAGCAGCACAGGAACUGCAGCUUCUCCAUCGUCUACCCGGUAGAGGUCGACAUCUCGGAAUUUUCAUCCUUCGGACUCCUCGGCAGCUUCCCAAAGUGGCCCACAUCGACUUGCGACUCGGAGGACAUGCUCCAGCUGUUGGGGGGAAAUGGUCUCGACACAUCCAAGAUGUUCCCCCUCACGGAGCUCUGCAGCUCCUCUACUGGGCCCAGACACAUGAAAGUGGGCUGCGAAAACACGGUGGUGCGCAUGGUGUCCAGCGGCCGCAAUGUCAACAGGGUGUCCUUCAGCUACCGCCUGCUGGACAGCCAAGAGCUGCAGAGGCUGCGAGUCAACAACGUGGAGGAUUUCUGCAUGGCCAACUGAUCUCUCUCAUUGAUAUGUCUGAAAGACCAAACAUGAAUGGGAAUAUCAAUGAAGACAAAGUGUGUGUUUUAUAUAUUUUGUUCUUCCCCCUUUCCCCCAACAUCCGUGCUGUUUGUUGCAUAAAGUCUUGACAUUCUAGUGAUGAACGGUGCUAAAGUGAAUUUAUUGUCAGAGUAAUGUGCCGUUAAUAAAUACAACUGAUUGGCAUUUGUAUACAAAUACUUUUUUGGAAUAAAAUUACACUGCAUGGCAAAGCAAU